AUGUUUCUGCAGUCCAAAGAAACGCGAGAUCUACUAGACAUUGUUGACAGUCUUCGAUCCCAUGGAAUCAAUCGAUACAUUGACCUGCCCGAGAUUAUCGUGUGCGGCGAACAGUCUUCGGGCAAAAGCUCCGUCCUUGAAGCAGUUUCGGGUGUAAAGUUCCCAAGCAAAGACAACCUUUGUACUAGGUUCGCGACAGAGUUGAUCUUGCGGCGAGGCGCAGAUGCACCGAUCAAGAUCAGUAUUGUUCCGGACUCCCGAGAAAGAGACCGUUCAGAGAGAGACCUAGAGAAGCUACGGAACUUCCACUACUCUGUCUCGACAGAAGACUUGCAACUUGAAGCUGUUAUUGAAGCAGCCAAAGAUGCAAUGGGAAUUUCUGAGAGCAGCGACAAAGUUUUCAGCUCCGAUAUCCUUCGUUUAGAACUGUCAGGGCCCAAUCAACCACACCUUACGCUUGUGGACCUGCCAGGCUUAUUUCAAGCUGGUAGCCGCUCCCAGUCAGACGAAGACGCCAAGACAGUCAAGACACUUGUACUUUCCUACAUGAAGAAUCCACGCAGCAUCAUACUCGCCGUUGUAUCCGCCAAGAACGACUUCAAUAAUCAAUCGAUCACAAAACAUUCACGUGAGAUUGAUCCAACGGGCCGCCGUACCCUUGGGCUGAUCACAAAGCCGGACACGCUUUAUGAGGGAUCUGAUAGUGAGAGAUUUUACCUGGAGCUGGCGCAGAAUAAAGAAGUAAAGUUCCGUUUAGGUUGGCAUGUGCUUCGCAACAGGGACUUCACGACUAAGGACUCAACUACAGAAGAGCGCGACCGAAUUGAAGCAUCAUUCUUCGAAAAAGGGAUCUGGAGGUCACUUUCGGCUGAUCAAACCGGUAUCCACAGCCUAAAGCCAAGGCUGAGCAAGAUUCUCAAAGAUCAUAUUGUAGCGCAACUACCAGAUGUACUCGUGCAGAUCAAGGACGGCAUUCAAGAAUGUACGGCAAGAUUGAACACACUGGGUGCGCCAAGAGCCACUGCCCAAGAACAGCGACGGUACCUGCUCCAGGUUAGCCAGUCGUUCAGCACUCUUGUCAAAGCUGCUGUGGAUGGACAAUAUCUUGAUCCUUUCUUCGGUGACGCUUCCACAAAUGAAGGAUAUCAAAAGCGUCUACGAGCGGUUCUCCAGAAUACACUAACAGCGUUUGCAGCCGACAUGCGCAGGAAGGGCCAUACCUUUACAAUUCUGGACGAAGGCCCGACCGACCCACCUCAUCGAAUAUCUCGUAAGGACUACAUCUCGAAAGUCACUAAACUUCUGGAACGAAGCAGAGGUCGAGAGCUUCCCGGUACGUUCGACCCACUUAUCAUUGGGCACUUGUUCCACGAACAGCGAAAGCCUUGGGCAGGCCUUGUCAAUCAGUAUCUGGAUAUAGUCCUUCACGCUGUUCGCUUCCUUGCGCGCAAAGCUCUCGCGCACGUUUGUGACGAGGCCAGUCUCGCUGGCAUACUAAGGCGGUUUGUCUACGUCAGAUUGGAAAGGCUUACCUCUGAGCUUCGUGACAAAGUAGCGGAGCUACUGAAACCUCAUGAUUCUGGCCACCCAAUCACGUACAACCAUUACCUCACGGAGAGUGUACAGAAAGCACAGAGUGCACGUCGGACAAAAGAGAUCAAAAAGUCUUUAGAGGGACUUUUUGGCGAUAAUUUCGCUGCAGGUGGCGUUCAACUGUUCGAGAUGGACGUGGACGUCUUGAUCAAUGCCCUCGUUUCGAAGACUGAAGCUGACAUGAAUACUUACGCUAGCUCCACUGCUACAGAUUUCAUGGAGGCUUACUACAAAGUUGCGCAAAAGAAGAUCAUCGAUGACUUCAGUGUCCUUGCCGUCGAAGCGCGCCUCAUCCAAGAACUCCCCACCCUAUUUUCCCCGGCGGAUGUUAUUGAUAUAAACGAUGUCACAGUGGCCAAUCUGGCCUCCGAGAGCGAGGAAUCGUCAAGGGGGAGAACGCGUUGUAGCGAGAAGCUCAAGAUCCUAGAACACGGGCACAAAGCUCUCCAAGGUGUCCAGGUCAUCUCACCACUUCAAAAAGAUACCGAACGAAUCCCCACAGAGUACAGUAUAGAAUCAGACAAUGAGAAUGGAAGCUCGGAACCGGAACCGGAACCGGGACUAGAAGCGGAACCAGAGCCGGAACCAGAACCGGAACUAGAACCAGUAGAGAUCUUAUCUCAUCAUGAAGAAGAGCCUCCUUAUAUCAUUGAAGAGACUUCUGGUCCUGAUCAAGCCGCUACACCUGACGAUCAAUGGAAUUUCUCGGUCCCAGUUCCUGUUCCGAAAAAGAAGAAGAAAGCAUCAAAAAAGAUGCAUAGGUCAGUCGAGGUGCUAGCCGAAUAG